AUGGGUUGGUGUACUCUCAUACCAAUGAUGUUUCAUCCGAGAAAGGAAAUUCCAUUUUGUGCCGUGAAAUCACCGAGACGGAGUACUAAAUAUGGCGAUGUUGAAUCUACUAUUUCUAGCUCAUUAUCAGUAGAAUUUGCGCAUCGAAUUUUUGAAUCAACAGAAAAGCUGGAUAGGAGAUAUUCAUCGUAUAAUGUUCGAUCACCACCAUUAAAUGAUUAUCUCCAUCCAAAAUAUUCACUGCCUCCAAUAAAAAUUGAUUUUGAUGCAGAGCAGAGUUAUUUUAAGCAGUAUUUACGUACGCCUGCUCAUUUAUCCGUGAAAAAAAUGUCAUUACCAAAGUCAACGCCUGAAAGCAAAUCACUGCAAUCAGCAUCAAUUGCUCAAUAUGACACUGUAAUUGUAUAG